AUGGCUGGUACUGAAGCAUCAACAUCAUCAUUAAAUGAUACAGUACUCACCCUCCAACGUCUGGCCAAUUUAUUACGCAUACAUAGUAUUGAAUCAACGCAAGAAGCGGAUUCUGGACAUCCAACAAGUUGUAGUUCAAUGGCUGAAAUAAUAACAGUUUUGUUUUUUAAUAUUAUGCGUUAUGAUGUUAAAGAGCCUCGUCAUCCAGCAAGUGAUCGAUUUGUUCUAUCAAAGGGUCAUUGUGCGCCAAUACUUUAUGCAGCAUGGGCCGAAGCUGGCGCAUUCCCAACAUCUGAAUUGAAAAAUUUGAGAAAAAUUGACUCUGAUUUAGAAGGUCAUCCAACUCCGCGUCUUAAUUUUAUUGAUGUUGCGACUGGUUCACUCGGACAAGGAAUCGGUUUUGCAGCCGGUAUGGCAUAUGCUGGAAAACAUUUGGAUAAAUCAGAUUAUCGUGUUUAUUGUGUACUUGGUGAUGGCGAAUGCGCUGAGGGUUCAGUCUGGGAAGCAUUUUCAUUUGCCAGUUUUUAUAAAUUAGAUAAUUUGUGUGCUAUUAUCGAUAUCAAUCGUCUUGGUCAAAGUGAUCCAACACAGUUACAACACGAUACGGAUACGUACAGAAAACGAGUCGAUGCUUUUGGAUGGUUUCCUAUUAUUAUUAAUGGACAAGAUGUUGGUCAGUUAUUAGGUGCAUUUAACCAAGCUCAAGAAAUGAAAGAUAGACCAACGUGCAUAUUAGCUAAAACACUUAAAGGAAGUGGAUUGAAAGGUAUCGAAAAUGAGUUAAAUUGGCAUGGAAAACCUCUUGGUGAUAAAGGCAAAGACAUUGUCGAAAGUUUAAAGAAGUUAGUUAAUGGUGAUAUAAAACAUCCCCAAAUAGCCAAAAUUACAGCUAAAGUUACAAAUAUCAAGAAAGAUAGUCCGAUCAAAUUAUCAUCGCCACCAAAUUAUGAUGGGAAGAAAGAAAUUGCAACACGAUUGGCUCAUGGCACAGCAUUAGAAAAAUUAGGUAAAAGUUGUCAAAAUAUUGUUGCACUCGAUGGUGACACAAAAAAUUCAACAUAUUCAUUAAAAUUUCACGAUUCGUUUCCGGAUCGCUUUGUUGAAUGUUAUAUUGCUGAACAAAAUAUGGUAGCCGUUGCUAUUGGUAUUGCUACACGUGAUCGUUACAUCUGUUUUGUUCACACAUUUGCUGCAUUUCUGACACGUGCAUUUGAUCAAAUACGAAUGGGUGCGAUAUCGUUUACAAAAGUGAAAUUUGUUGGUUCACAUGCGGGUAUAUCGAUUGGAGAAGAUGGUCCAUCACAAAUGGCUCUAGAAGAUUUUGCCAUGUUUCGUAGUGUACCACAAUGUGUUUGCUUUUAUCCAUCUGAUGCUGUGUCAGCUGAGCGAGCAACCGAAUUAGCAGCAAAUUAUGAGGGCAUGGUUUAUAUUCGAACAAGUCGACCAAAUACACCAAUUUUAUAUAAAAAUGAUGAACUGUUUCACAUUGGAAAAGCCAAAAUUGUUAUUGAAAGUUCACAAGAUGUAUGCACAAUCGUUGGUGCUGGCGUGACAUUACACGAAGCUGUUAAAGCAUCAGAAAAAUUAAAACAAAUUGGGAAAGCAGUUCGUGUUAUCGAUUUGUUUAGUGUUAAACCUAUUGAUCAUGAGACGUUACUGUCAUCGGUCAAAGCGACUAAUAACAAAUUAAUUGUUGUUGAAGAUCAUUAUCCAGAAGGUGGCUUAGGUGAAGCUGUGAUGAGUGCAUUAUGUGAUGAAGUUGGUGUUAAAAUUGUUCAUUUAGCUGUUCGCGAAGUAGCGCGCAGUGGAAAAUCAGCUGAAUUAUUAAGUAAAUAUGGUAUUGAUUGUGAUCAUAUAGUCCAAGCUGUACUAAAGUUAGUCUAA